AUGGGCGUCAUCCGUCUUCCCCGCCCUACAGCCCUCUACGUCCCCAACUCUCUCCCAUCUCCUUCAUCCUCUGCCUCCUCAUCCACUCGCACUCUCACCCCCGACAUGAUCUCCCCGCCGCUCUCCUCAGACUUCACCUUCGACUCGGAGACCCUGCCGGCCUCCAGCCUGCCCGCCCUCGAGUACAUCUCCCGCAAACUACAACAGAAAAUGAUGCACGUCACGCUGCUCGUCGGCCGCGGAAAGCCCUACCCCACCGGCACGCCCUCCGACCUGAUGGUCAUCCCCAUCAGCCCACUGGACCCAACCUCCGUGCGCAUCGUGCACCGCACCGUCGCCAAGGGCGCCGCCAAAUUUUCCCUGGGAGCCAGCUGGACCGAUGCGCUAGUCCGUGCUCAGUACGAGCGCCACGCCAACGAAUAUCUCAUCCAGCAAUCCAUCAUGCAGAACGAGGUCGUCUUCAGUCGCGAGGGUCUCACCUUGCUGAACGUUGACCGCAUCUACACGUUUAAGCGCCGACUGUGUAUCCUGUCCUCGAGGGGCCCACACGCCAAGGACGAGUACGUCGGAUCGUGUGUCAGCCUGCUGCAUCGCACCAUCCAAGACUUCCAGGGCCGGCCGUUCAGCAAGGCGUUUUUCCAUCGUGUGUACGAGCAGCUCGACGUGCGGGACGAGCUGCUGAUGCACAUCGCCGACGUCUAUCGAAGGAGUUAUGGCGUCGAAGGCAUCGUGCUACCUGAGAGGGGUGGCGUUGCCGAGCAGACGGCGACGAGAGCUCCGGUGAUGUCGAAGAAGAAGUCGUCAUCGAGGAUGGGCGGCAAAGGCGCUGCCAUGAAGCCGGCGAUGCAGUCGGUUCCUGAGGUUGAAACCACGAAGCCGGUCUCAACGACAUUGACCACGACAACUACAACUACCGCCACCACCACGCCUGCCAUCAAAAUUCUUCCCGCAAAGCCCACCCCCACCAGCAAGCCGCUGCCCGCCAAACCAACCUCCACGGUGCGAUCGGUGCGCAAAUCCCCUCUGCGCGGCGCCAUCCGCUCUCCUCGCGAGGCGGGCCCGCCGCGAUCGCGCAUGCCGACCAAACGAGGCCCCAAGACGCCGCAGUCCGCGUCGGAUGUGACGCCCAUCACGCGAAACGAAUGGAACAUGCUGGUUGGGACGGACUUCAAACACGUCAAGCCGACCGUGACGAAGUGGACGCCGUCGCCGACCGUGCUGGCGGCAGCUUGA